AUGCCGCCACGCGAGCGAAAGAAUGCGGGAGCGCUGCUUUGUGCCUCUUCGGGCACGAGAACUGCCGCAUUUCCGUAUCAUUGCCUUCCCACACUACCAUGAGAGUAAUCUCCUCUGCUACUUUGCUUCUAUGCCGAUCGCUCUCUGGUGGAACCCUAGGCCGCCGAUCUUGCACGCUUCAGUCAACUCGAGCUCGUUGCUACUGCGAUCGAUCUCAUUCCUCCGCAGAAAGGCGAAAUCCAGGUCCACUUGUUCUUUACAAGAGUAUGGUUGAAGAUGGGAAGCUUCAGCAUGACACUUUUCAAGAAAAGGUAGCUAUGGAAUUUGAAGAUCUACUUCUCAGACUGGAGCAUUAUGAAAAGGAGAUGGAAGAGUAUCAUAAAAAGCUUGCUAACUGGGAAAAUGUUAGAGAGAAUGAGAGUCGCAGGCUUAUGUUGGAAGAAGCUGAACUUAGGCAUAAAGAUGGUGAAUGGACAAGAUCAAAUUACAGAGAAAGUUGGUUUUUGGAGAGAUGGAUGCUAAGGAGGAGAAGAGGGAAUCCAGAACCUGGAGUUGGAAGAAUGGUCUCAUAUCUUAAUCGGGAGAGGAAGAUUGAUUCACUAGCCGGAGAACGGCCUGUUCUUCCUCAAGCUCCGAAAGGAAUUUAUUUGUAUGGAAAUGUUGGGAGUGGUAAGACAAUGCUGAUGGACAUGUUUUACUCGGCAACUGAAGGGAUUGUAAAACAUCGGCGGAGGUUUCAUUUUCAUGAGGCAAUGCUUGAGAUACAUGAGCAUAUGCAUAAUGCAUGGAAGAACAAAAUUAAAGACAAAUCUCUACAUUCCCGUAUGUUCACCUGGAUACAUAACCUUCCAUUUGAUUCAAAAGUAAAGGAAUGGUUAAUUGGAGAAGAGAGAUAUAAGCAAGAGACUCGGGAGAAGCAUAUACUCCAUGCUGUAGCUGAUAAGUUUCUCGUUGACAGACAAUCAGCUAAAAGUGGGGCAACAAUUCUUUGCUUUGAUGAGAUUCAGACUGUUGAUGUUUUUGCUAUAGUGGCAUUAUCUGGAAUCCUAAGCAGCUUACUAAGUAGCGGGACGAUUCUUGUUGCUACCAGUAAUAGGGCUCCUGAAGACUUGAAUCAGGAUGGUAUGCAGAAGGAGAUCUUUCAGAAACUUGUAUCUAAAUUGGAUGAAUGCUGCCAGAAAAUCAGUGUUGGAAGUGAGAUCGAUUAUCGUCGCCUAAUGCCUUCUGAAAAUAGCAAUCAGGUUCGGUAUUUCUGGCCAUUGAAUUCUGAUAAUUGCAGAGAAUUUGAUAAAAUAUGGAAAGAAGUUAUUUCCCAAUCUGGAGUAAAGCCCACUUUCAAUGCCAUCUCUGUAAUGUUUGGAAGAGUUCUGAUGGUGCCUGAAAGCUGCAGUGGAAUAGCGAGGUUCAACUUUGACUAUCUGUGUGGGCGUGCGACUGGUGCAGCAGACUACAUUGCGAUUGCUAGGAAUUACCACACAAUUUUCAUUUCCGAUAUUCCUAUGAUGAGCAUGAGGAUUAGAGACAAGGCUAGAAGGUUUAUUACACUCAUUGAUGAGCUAUAUAACCACCACUGCUGCCUUUUCUGUUUAGCAGAUGCCUCGAUUGAGGAUCUGUUUGAAGGAACUGAUGAGGGAACACUUUUUGAUCUGGAGAGUUUCCAGUUUGAGACCGAGACUGAAGGUGUGAGACUACGGAGAGAUGUUUUAACUGCAGGUAGUGUUGGCUUGGGACCUACCUCUACAGGAAUUGCUUCUUUAAUGUCGGGCCAGGAAGAAAUGUUUGCCUUCCGUAGAGCUGUCUCCAGAUUGAUCGAAAUGCAAAAGCCGCUUUACAUCGAAGGUGUUCAUAUCUUACAUCCCAUGUAUCAGCAGCAGCAUGGACAUCUAUAAAGUAGGCAUCAAUCCUCCUGUUAUCAACAAUAUAUUUCUGCUCAUUUGCUUUAUAUCUGCAGCCAUCAUUUGCAGCUAUUGAUUCCUCACUGUUCUACCGAAAGUCUUAUUCAUUCAUUCAUAUAUAUAGGCAAAGAAUAAGAGGUAUUUAUCUUUUGUAUUGUAUUGUAUGAGCUUAAAUUCACCCAACUUUUGUGCGAAGUGGGGAACUCUUCAUACAAUUUUAUCUUAUAAUGGAAAUGAAAUUGAUAGGGGAAGAACACCCAAAUUGGAAACCAAAAGUUGAGUCUCAAAAAAAAAAAAAGUGAAAUCUUGACAAAAAAAGGGUUGGGAUAUUUGAUAUUGAAAGAUUUCUGAUGUAUUUUACUCCUUGUAAAGCGAAUUCAAUAGCUUUAAUGCC